CUUGUUUGUAUAGAUGAAUGAACAUGUCAGGUUAAUCAUAAUUAUUCUACUAUUUUAUAUUCUAAUCAGAACUAGUGUCCGUUUCAUCUGAAGUGCUGGUUGUCUUGGGCCAUUUCAAUGUCCAGUAUUGCAGUUUAAAAAGAACGAAUUUUAAAAAUGAAAUUGUUUGGACUUUUGAUGUUACAGACUUUAAUUUUUGUUAUAGAAUGUCAUAGAUUAAGACCAAUUAGCAAGUCAUUUUAUCGUAGAGUUUUGAACAAAUAUGGUCAGAGACGAAUACCACAGCCCUCGUAUAAUUGGAACAAACGCGGACGUAUUGGAGAAAAUUUCAACAAUUUGAGGAAAUUCGGAAACAUUCCUGGAAAUGCCCCUGCUCCAUACCCAAAGAUGAAAUUGGACGGCGUCAAUGCACGCGUCAUUCCUAUACAGGUCGCCAAAAAGGCCAUCAAAGUUUGGAAAGAAACGGAAAUUAAUUUUGAUUACAGUAGACGUCCAAGAAUGUGUCCAAACAACUUCAUAGCUAAAUGUCGAGAGUUCCCGUAUUACGUUCUCAACGGGAAACCAACGAGAAAGUGUGUGACAUUGUGUAAAGGGAAGCCAUGCUUUAAACCUUGUAUCUGUGAGUGCCUACCCAAGGCCAAGGUCAAAUUCUCUAAAGCUUUAAUUCCGCAUUUGUUGAUACCAGUAGAAAAACAACAGCUUAUACCAUUUUGUAAUAAACAUCAGACUGUGUCCUGCACAGCGCAGAUUUAUGGCGAAUCUACAAACUAUUUAUGUGCCAUUGGCUGUGGUGAAGGGGUAUGUCCUUUAACCUGCAAUUGUCAAUGUUUAGCCGACAGACCAGGAAGAACCUUUAUAAGUGAAGUUGUUGGCAAUUCUAACAGUUUGAAUUUAAGAAGAGAACUCAAUUUAAAUGAACAACACAACUUUGACGCGGCGCUCGGACUUGGAAUGGCUGCUGGUGGACAUAUAGACGGAGGCAUUAUUGGAACUGUUGGUGAACAUAUAGACGGAGGCAUUUUUAGAACUGGUGGUGAACAUAUAGACGGAGGCAUUCGUAGAACUGUAGGAGAGCUGACUGAUAUCGGAAACGGAAUAGUUUUUGAUGGCCCUGAGUUAGGCUUAGGAGGCAGUAAUGGUGCUGUAGCUAUUUUUGACGGCGUGCACCUUCCCUUCCCUAGACCCAGUAACCAUGGUAAUGGGGUUCUGAUAUCUGAGGGAGGAAAUAUUGUAGGAGGAGUUCAAAAUAUUGGUGGCGAUAGAACAGCUAUUUGGGAUGGACCAGAUGGAGUUCUGCUCGACAAUGGACUUCCGGUAAUUGGCAAUACAUUUCCUCAACCGUUACAUGGUCUACAAGGUGAUGCAUUUGGUGAACCAAUAAGACUAGUCUCGCCCAUUGAUGGUUCUGUAGCAGGUCCAAUACAAGCACACGAGCUGCCAAUCGCACCUCUUCAAGGUAUCGAAACUGAAACAGUACAAGUGAAAAUCGAUGUCCACAGUCCUGCAGGUCCAGGACAGGGACUUGGAGCAAUUGACGGUCUAGGUGGUAAUAAUGGUCACGGUGGCAUUGGUGGCAUUGGUGGUCAAGGCCACGGUAAUGGUGGUCAUGGGCAUGGUCACAUUGCUUCACAUACAAAUGGUGGCAAUGGUCAUAAUUUAGGAGCUGGCGGAAUACCUGUAGGCAAUCCUUUUGACAUGGCCGGUGGAAAUAAUGGCGGUGUAGGCAGUCAUGGAGCAGGAGGGACUAAUAUGGGCCAUGGUUUUAUUGAUUUUGGUACAGUUAAUGGCAAUGGUGGAGGUCAUGGUAAUGGUGGAGGUCAUCUUGAAAUGGGCGGGGCUGGAAGUCAUAGUAAUGGAGGAGGUCACACUGGAACAGGUGGGAAUGGUGCUCAUGUUGGUGGUCAUGGUAAUGGUGGAGUUAAUUUAGGAAAAGGUGGGCCUGGAGGUCAUGGUAACGCAGGAGGUAAUUUUGGAUUGGCCGGGGCUGGAGGCCAUGGUAAUAGUGGAGGUAAUGGUGGAAAUGGCGGAGUUGGAGGUCAUGGUGGAAAUGGUGGGACUGGAGGUCAUGGUGGAAAAGGCGGAACUGGAAGUAGCGGUCAUGGUGGAAGUAAAGGAGGACCCGGAACUAAUUCCGGGAUCGGAUCUGCAAAUAACUUAAAACUUAAGAUACCCGGAUCUGGCAAUAAGCCUGGAGGAGCAAUCAACCUUGACCUGAGUGGUAUACUUGCCCAAUUACCAGGUAUGGGUUUUGGUGGUGAAGGAAAUGAAAUAUUAAAUGCAGUUGGUGGAAAUGGAAUUGGCGGGAAAGGAGGUAUAGACUUGUUUGGAGGUAAUCAAAUGACUUCCACUGGAACAGGGUUUGAUCUUUUUAGUGGUUCAAAGAGGUCUGACACUUCACCAUUUGGUAAAUUAGGAACACAGAUGCCGUUUGAUGCUUUUAAUCUGGGAUCAAUGUCCUCAACCGGAACCGUUGGGAAUACAGCAGCAAAGGGGACUCCUGCUAUGGAAGUCGGAAUGGCUUCACUCUUUUCACAAAUGAUGGGAGGCGGAGCAGAGGAGAGCUGCUUACCGGGAACUGUUCUAUCUUGUACCGUAACACCGGAAUGGAGUCAUACUCCCGGACUUCUUAAAUGGUGUAAUAACAAUUGCCCUAAAGGCGUCUGUGAUAGAGAGAGAUGUAGUUGUACAUGUAUGACACAAGAUCAAAUUCUACUUUCUAAACUUAUGAUCUAACUCAUAUCUUACUUUUCUAUGGAAUUAUACAUUCCGUUUAAAAAUACCAUUGAAAGUUCAUUGUUCGAUAAAACUGCCAUACAUUUAUUAUCAACUCUGCCACUCGCUUUUAAGGUUAAAAUAAUGGCUGUGAAAUCGAUCUCGAUCGAUCAUAUUGUUUAUAUCAAUUUUUGUCCAUUGUGGGGGAAAAUGUAUGUAUUGGGAUACUUCAUUUCAUGGUUUUUUAAAGUUCUGCAUAAAACAAACAAUUUUAUUUUCAUUCUUAUCGCUUGAACAAGUUAAAUUCUUAGUUCACAUAUACCCGCGAAAUCCUGGAAAUAAGUUCAUCCAUGAAAUCCAGGGAAAUAAAGACACUCACGAAAAACUUUGUACAAUAACAAGAAAGAAAUUUGGAAUGAUUGCCCAUGAGACAAAGGGCCUAAUUGACUUUGAUGAAGUUAACCAUACGGACCUUCUACAAUGAACAAAACGCAAAAAAUUUAACAAGUCAAUAAUAUGUUAUGUAUAGAUUGACCGUAAUUUAUACUUAAAUGUUCAUAAUGAAGGAGUAGUUUUACAAAGAGUCACUGUCGGAGUUGUUUUGACGUAAGGUUAUGAGAGGUACUUGUAUAUGAUAGACAAAAGUACAAAAAUAAAAUUUGGGAAAUAUA